AUGAAGUCCUUAAUAAUUCUCACGUUUCUUGCAGUAGCCUUUUGUCUGCCGACAGAUUGGCCAAAUCCUGAUGAACUGGUAUAUAAACUAGGAGAAGAGGAAUUUGAAGAUUACUUAGAAGAAUGGAUUUCAAGGGAGGAACAAAAGUGGGUCAAUACGUCCCUCGCAACUUCUACAAGUGCUCGUAGUGGAUGUACAUUUAACGUACGAGGCGAUUUUUCAAGUCCACAACCAGUGUUUAUUCAUAGAUGGAUGAACAACUAUUUAGCUGCCUAUGGCAAUUCCGGUCAAGUAAGACUCAACUCUGGCGAUGAAAUUAUAGUCGCAUGUACCGGAUCUGGGAGACAAAUUCGUCACCCCAAUAUCGCGUCCAACGUUGCAGUAGCAACUGCAAGGUGUGUUAACAGCAACCUUAUAUCUGGAUCCGGUUGGUUGAACGGAAAUCGACAACUUAGACAGCUGACGUGCAAUAAUGAUGCUAUUCACGAAGCUGUCCAGACAAACGAGAGAUGCUAUGGCAAUAAUGUUGUCAUCAGUGUCGGAUUUAGGACAGGCGUCAAUCGUCCUAAUUGGAUAGCUGGAAAUUUCUUCCCCGGAAUCAACGUUAACAAUCUGUACACUCAAAACCGUCAACGAGAGGCUAUAGGAAGGGCAGUUGGUACAAACAUGGUCGGAAGAUACGUCACUAGUCAACAGUUUUUGUCUCGUGGCCAUCUUGUAGCCAAGAGUGAUCAAGUGUUUGCAACUGGACAGCGCUCCACUUUCUACUUUAUCAAUGCUGCUCCACAAUGGCAACCAUUUAACGGCGGCAACUGGAAUAACCUUGAAAUUAACCUACGAGAUCGUAUCGCCAGAGCGGGAUACCAAACAACAGUCUAUACGGGCACUUUCGGCGUUACACAAUUGCGGAACUCUGGUGGACAAUAUGUCGACAUCUAUCUUGACAAUACUGGUAACAAUCGCAGAAUCCCUGUCCCUCAAUACUUCUACAAGGUGGCAUACGACGCAAACAGGCGUUUGGGUACCGCUUUUAUUAGUAUUAACAACCCAUACUAUUCAUUGGCUGAAGUACGAUCUCUGCAAUUCUGUACGGACAGGUGUCGUAACAACAAUGCUUUUAGCUGGCUCAGAUGGCAACCAGACCGCAUUGACUUAGGUUACAGCUUUUGCUGCACCAUAGAUGAGUUUAGACGACGCAUACCCCAUCUACCAAACUUCCAAGUCAAUGGUUUGCUUACAUAA